AUGACGGAUGUAAGUAACUCUGCUCCAGUAGAUUCCAAUGAAUCUGUUGAUAGUAAUGAACCUGUAAAUGUUGUAGAAGAUUCUGUUGAAGUAAUUGUCCCUGUAAAUAUUCUAGAUAAACAUGAAAAUUAUGUAAAGAGAUUUCGCAUUCAUGGAAUUAAUACUGUUUUUAAGUUUUCUAACCCCCCACCAGAAACUAAUGAGAUUGACUGGCUAAGACAAGGGUUUGGUCAAAAUGUUAAUGAAAUGAAAGAAGUUUGUCAGGAGGGCGAUCAAUUGGGAUUCACUCUGCGUUCACUUAACCUGAAAAGUAAAGAGCCGGGGUUUGUUGCUUUUCGCCCUGCAAAUGAAGUUAACGAGGACGUCCUGUGGCAAAUUUUUGGGGGAAUUGUGCAAUCAAAUUCUGAAUCAAUCAAGUCCACAGAUACAUUUCAAGUUGAAUGUACCCGAGUUAAUCUCCCUGUAGGUUCAGGAGGCUGCAAAAGACCAGGCCUGUACAAUACCUUUGACGAAGAAUGUAAAGCUAGGACUGGGAUUGUUGUAAUUAACAAUAAAGAUAAUUUGUGUCUUCCCCGUGCUAUUGUAGUGGCUAUAGCUAAUGUAAAUAAAGAUCCUGAAUAUAAAUUAGUUAGAAUGGAUAGGGCAAAUAGGCAAACUGUUAGGGCUCAGGAACUUGUACGUAGAGCUAGAGUUGUGAUGCCUGAGGGUGGUGCAGGCAUUCCUGAACUUGAAAAAUUCCAACAUCUGCUUAAAGACUAUAAAAUCACAGUGUACAACUACAAUGCUAAAGGUCGUGAUGUGUAUUUUGAGGGUAGUGUGGAGAACCCCAAGUUCAAAAUUAACCUGUUGUUUUAUAACCGGCACUAUAAUGUAAUUACUAGCCUGACAGCAGCCUUUGCUUGUAAAUAUUUCUGUGAGGCCUGUUAUAUCCCGUAUGAUCACAAAGGAGCCCACAGAUGCUCAAACAUUUGUCCCUGUUGCCAAACCAUCUCGCCCCCAUGUGUAGAGGAGUAUGGGGGGAUCUUGUGUCCUAAAUGCAAUCUAACUUAUAAAAACCAACGCUGUUUUAUUGCGCAUCAGGUUGAUAGGUGUAAACAUGUGAAGAAAUGUCUUGACUGUGGGAAACUAGUUUUGCUUAAAGAGAGGUCCAAGCCUCACAAGUGUGGGGAAGUAUUUUGUAAACCUUGUGGGGAGUAUAAAGAUCCCAACCAUAAAUGUUAUAUGAAACCCAAUGAGGGAAAACCUAAAUCUAAAGACUAUGUUUUUAUUUUCUUUGACUUGGAAACCCGCCAGGAUGAGCCUCUGCCCUCUGACCCUGAAAGUAAAUUGCAUAAAGUAAACUUGUGUGUGUCUCAGCAAUUUUGUUAUCAGUGUAUUGAGGGGAAAUUCUGUAUUGCAUGUAAAAAUCGUACGCGAGUGUUUGACUCUGACCCUAUCAAUCAGUUUAUGAACUAUGUAAUGUAUGUAAGGAAACAGUUUAAAAACGUCUGCGUAAUUGCACACAAUGGGCAGGGGUUUGACUUUCAAUUCUUGCUAAAGUACUUGUUGGAAGAAACAAAAUUCACGCCGGAACUUGUAAUGCGGGGAACUGCGAUUAUCUUAAUGGAAAUCGAUAAUGUUAGGUUUGUUGACUCACUUAGCUACUUCCCUAUGGCUCUGUCUGCUCUGCCUAAAGCCUUUGACCUACCUCCAGAGAAAAAGAAAGGCUACUUUCCUCACCUGUUCAACACUCUGGCAAACCAAAACUAUGUAGGCCCUAUGCCAGAUAAAGAGUACUAUUGUCCUGAAUCUAUGUUUGAGAAAUCCCACAACGACUUUGAAAAAUGGUAUAGUGAACAGGUUGCUAGUAAAUAUGUGUUUAACUUCAAAAACGAGAUCCUAGCCUACUGUAUUUCAGACGUUGAUAUCUUGGCUCAAGCCUGUCUAAAGUUUCGCUCAAUUUUCCUAAAAGAGUGUAAUGUUGACCCGUUUCUUGAGGCUGUUACUAUUGCUAGUGCUUGUAAUCUAGCUUUCCGCCGUAAUUUCUUGAAACCCAAUACUAUCGGACUUAUCCCUAAAAACGGCUAUCGAUUAGUAGACAAUCAAUCAAAUAUAGCGCUCCAAUGGCUUUCUUGGGUCGAGGAAACCAACGGGAUUAGGAUUGACCACGCAGGUCGAGGUAAAGAAGUUAAAGUCAAUGGAAUGAAAGUAGAUGGGUUCGAUGGCAGAAACAUCUACGAAUUUCAUGGCUGUUAUUUCCAUGGGUGUCCUAAAUGUUUUUCUUACAACCGUCAUGCCCCUUUGAAAGAGGACCCUUCUGAUAGCCUACAUCUUCGCUAUGAGCGAACCAAGGCUAAAAAUGCAAAGUUUACAGAACACACACUAGUAGAGAUGUGGGAAUGUGAAUUUCGUAAACAAAAAAAGGAUCAGCAGCUUAAAUAUCUAGACAGUUUGCCUAUCUUAAACAAUCUUCCACUUGACCCGAGGCAGGCUUUCUUUGGAGGUAGGACAGGUAAUGCGAAAUCUUACCACAAAUGCACUGAGGGGGAAACUAUACAAUAUGUCGAUGUUUGUUCUCUGUACCCUUAUGUUUGUAAGUAUGGGAAGUAUCCUGUAGGCCACCCAACCAUCUAUGUAGGAGACAGGGAGUGUCGUGAGAGAGGUAUGGGUGUGGAGGGUUUGUUAAAAUGUAAAGUAUUGCCGCCUCUUGAUCUCUACCACCCUGUACUCCCUACAAAAAUGAAUGAUAAAUUGAUGUUUGUGUUGUGCAGAACAUGUGGGGAAAUGAUGUAUCAGGGAGAGUGUAAUCAUGACAGUGAUGAUAGGGUAUUAGUUGGUACUUGGACUAUGGACGAGAUCAGAAAGGCAGUAGAGAAAGGGUAUAUUGUAUUGGAUAUGUAUGAGUUGUGGGAGUACCAGGUAGCGACUUAUGAAAAUGGGGGUUUGUUCACUGAUUUUAUUAAUAAAUUUCUCAAGAUGAAACAGGAAGCUUCGGGCUAUCCGGAAUGGUGUAAGACUGAGGAGGACAAAACAAAUAUAUUGCAGAGUAUUUAG